GGCGGGGUCGCAGCGCAAACCUUUUUGAGUCCACCUCGCUGGGACGCUGCCUCGAGCGAAAACAUGACCGAGUUUACUGGAGAGUGCACCCGGCUCCGGCGCUACCAUGAGCUCCCGGUGUGGGUGGUGGAGGAUCAUCAGGAGGUUCUGCCCUUUAUAUACCGGGCCAUUGGCUCAAAGCAUCUUCCUGCAAGUAAUAUAAGUUUUGUGCAUUUUGAUUCACAUCCAGACCUCCUUAUUCCUGUGAAUAUGCCAGCUGACACUGUAUUUGAUAAGGAAACACUUUUCGGAGAAUUAAGUAUCGAGAAUUGGAUUAUACCUGCAGUUUAUGCUGGCCAUUUUUCCCAUGUAAUAUGGCUUCAUCCCACAUGGGCUCAGCAAAUCAGAGAGGGCAGACAUCAUUUUUUAGUAGGCAAAGACACUUCGACCACAACAAUCAGGGUUACAAGUACAGAUCAUUACUUUCUAAGUGAUGGUCUUUAUGUAACUGAAGACCAGCUAGAGAACCAAAAACCUUUACAAUUGGAUGUAAUUAUGGUGAAACCUUAUAAACUCUGUAACAAUCAAGAAGAAAAUGACACAGUGUCUUCUGCUAAGAAGCCAAAGCUAGCACUGGAGGACACAGAGAACACUGCCUCUACUAAUGGUGAAUCUUGUUCAGAAGGACUGGAAGAUGACUCAGUGACACAGAGAAGAGACCAAACUUGUCUACAACCAUCAUGUUCAUGUUCUUCUGAAAGCCAAGAAUGCCACACUUCAGUCAGCACUGGAGAAAUCCUGAAAAUUUUGGAGAAAGGGGAUGCAUUUGUUUUAGAUAUUGACUUAGAUUUUUUUUCAGUCAAGAAUCCCUUCAAAGAAAUGUUCACUCAGGAGGAGUACAAAAUCUUAAAAGAGCUGUACCAAUUUAAAAAGCCUGGUACCGACCUGACAGAGGAAGAUUUGGUAGAUUGUGUUGAUACUCGAAUUCAUCAAUUAGAAGAUUUAGAAGCUGCUUUUGCUGAUUUGUGUGAUGGUGAUGAUGAAGAAACUGUACAGAAAUGGGCUUCAUAUCCUAGAAUGGAAUCACUAGUUCCACUGGUACAAAGUUUGAAAAAACGGAUGGAAGCUCCAGACUAUGAAAUGGUUCACCAGGCUGGUCUAACCUGUGAUUAUUCAGAACUUCCUCACCAUGUCAGCACAGAACAAGAAAUUGAAUAUCUUAUUCAAUCUGUGUAUUACAUUCUAAAAAAUUUGCCAAAACCUACUGUAGUGACAAUUGCAAGGUCAAGUCUGGAUGAUUACUGUCCUUCUGAGCAAGUUGACACGAUUCAAGAAAAAGUCAUCAGUGUGCUACGCUCCCUCUAUGGGACUCUAGACGUUCACCUGGUGUAUUCAACAGAGUCCACUUCAUCUUGAAACAUCACAACGCUAGGCUCCUGUUAACAUCUUGAUGUAGUAGCAGGGUUUUCAUUAACUUGUUUGCAAAUGAAUCUUCCAGAGAACACUUUGUUUUAAUAUUAACUUUCAUUUAAAAUCUUUCAGGUAUUUUGAACCUCCAAACAGGUAUCACCAGUUGUUGAAUGAUGGCAGGGUUUUUUUGGCAUCAAGUCUACCCCCAGUUGAUGGAACUGAUGCUCAUCUUUCUUCCUGUCCAUCACUGUCGUCUUCACUUUUGUGAGGGUUUUUUUUCCUCUUUUCCCCUCUUCCCCUUAGGUUGGUUGGACUGUGUGAGAUUUAUUCAUUUAUUCAUUCACUCACCCAGCUGACAUUUUUUGAGCACGUUCAUGUGCCAGACAUAACUAAGUGCUGGUUGUAUGGUAACAAACAGAAUAGACAAGGCCCCUGCCCUCUUGGUGGACAGCUGAGAAGCAAAUUAUGGAUUGUGAGACAUGUUAUGAAGGAAAGGAAAACCAUAGACAUGUCUUAGGCAUGCUCUUAGUACUCAGGGCACCCUGGCCUUACAGGAAGGUAACAUUCUCAGAAGCUACUAGCAAAAUAAUGAUAAUAAUAAUAAUAAAAAAACUUGCCAGUCCAUGAAAAUGUUCUAGGAAGUCUACCUUUCCAAGACUUAGGAUUGUGGCCCAACUCUUAUGAAAUGCUCUCAGCAUUGUUGGUAUUGAGGGGGUCUAUUUGAGUAAAUUCAACCAAACAAAAAGUAACUUUUCUUUGCUAAUCAGAAAAACCCUCCAGGGUUUUUUGUUCCUCCAGAUGGUCAGAAUGGGUGUCAAUUACCAUUAUAUCAAUAGUUCCUAAGUGCCACUUUAUUGGCAGUCUGGGUUGAUAAUUUUUUCAAAUAAACCAGCUUUUUAUGUAAA